GCCGAAGUUGACUUGAUGUGUUCGCAGUCAGCAGUGGCGCUCCUUCCACUCCACCACCGAUUCCUUACGUGGCUGUCUCUCAUCGAGCACUUGUAGUCGCAAUUGGGUUAGCUGUGACCGCGUUGCGCAAUUGUUCGCCGCCAUGAACGGCUAUGUGCAGGACCAGGGCUAUGUGCAGGACCAAGGCUAUGUGCAAGACCAGGGCUACGCGCAGAACCAGAGCUACGGGCAAAAUCAGAGCUAUGUGCAGGACCACAGCUACGCGCAGAAGCUCGACGAGGAUGCGUUUGGGCCGUCCAAGGGCGGCAUUGUGAGCAGCUUCGACGCUUUUCCCAAAACCAAGAAGACGUACCUCGUCCAGGGCCGCAACUCGUCCGCCUGGACCGUCACGCUCAUCCUCACGUGCAUCUGGCUGGCCUGGACCGAGACGUCGCGCUGGUUCACCGGCACGACGACGCAGACCUUCUCCGUCGAGAAGGGCGUCUCGCACGACAUGCAGAUCAACCUCGACAUCAUCGUCGGUAUGCGCUGCGCCGACCUGCACGUCAAUAUGCAAGACGCGGCCGGCGACCGCACCCUCGCCGGCGACCUGCUGCGCAAGGACGCAACGAGCUGGGCGCAGUGGACGGGCAAGAACGCCGAGAAGGGCGUGCAUGAACUCCACGCCGACGACAUCGGCCAGGGCUGGCAGAUGGACGACCUCGAGGUGCACAACCACCUCAAUGCCAAGCAGAAGAAGAAGUUCUCCAAGACGCCGCGCAUCAAGGGCGCCACCGACUCGUGCCGCAUCUUCGGCAGCCUCGACGGCAACAAGGUCCAGGGCGACUUCCACAUCACCGCCCGCGGCCACGGCUACAUGGAGUUCGGCGAGCAUCUGGACCACAAGUCAUUCAACUUCUCCCACAUGGUCCGCGAGCUGUCCUUCGGCCCGUACUUCCCCUCCAUGGACAACCCGCUCGACAACACCAUCGCCCUGACCCCGACCCCGGACGACCACUUCUACAAGUUCCAGUACUACAUCUCCAUCGUGCCCACCAUCUACACCGACAGCCUGCGCGCCAUGCGCGCCCUCGACAGCGCCGACAGCGCCGCCACCGCCGGCCUGUUCGCGCAGCACGCGAUCAAGACGAACCAGUACGCCGUGACCUCGCAGUCGCACACGGUGCCCGAGCAGAGCGUGCCCGGCGUCUUCGUCAAGUUCGACAUCGAGCCCAUCACCCUCAGCGUCGUCGAGGAGUGGGGCGGCUUCUGGCCGCUCGUCGUCCGCCUCGUCAACGUCAUCAGCGGCGUCAUGGUCGCCGGUGGCUGGGCCUGGCAGAUGUACGAUCUUGCCCUUGAGGUCUGGGGCAGGAGGGCAAGGCGGGCGCGCGACUUGGGCGUCUUGGGCACCCCGGCCAUGGAGAAGAAGAGCUGGGAUUAGAGGAGGGAGAGGAUUGAAUAUGUGGCAUUUCAUUCAAGAUUAGACAUGUGGCAUUUCACUCAAGAGUGAACGUGUGAUUGCAUUUCAGGCGUUGAUGAUUGUGUGUCGGCGUUUAGGUUGUUUUGCGAGUCAAUGCAUAUUCACAUGACGACAGCGAGUCCGACGUGCAACGUCGCCGCGCAUUGUCAGCCUUGAUCCAAC